AUGAUGGACUUCAGGAAAUUCGAGGACGUAAGGAAGCAGCCAGAAGGUUUUAGCUCGGUGGAUAAAAAGGAGAAUCUUGUUUCCAACUUCAUGACUGAUCACAAACACCAACAACUUGAUUCUGGGAGUGCACUACAAAUGUUUCUUGAUCGCAUCCCCAUUAAUUCUAUCCCUGGCAUAAAAAAUUCUCCUGUUGUGGAAUUGAAAACUGGGGAUAGUGUAAAAGAUGCAAUACAUUUGUUAUAUGAGAAGAAUGUGUCUGGUGCUCCUAUAGCUGAUGAUGUAGAUCCUGAUACCAUUAUUUGGAGGUUUUCGGAUCGGUAUGUGGGGUUCAUUGAUUUUGCUGGCAUGGUUCUUUGGUCUCUUGAGGAAUGUGAAAAGGCUCAUAUCCGAACCAGAGGGACUGAUUGUGAUGAGAGUGGCAAAACUAGCAUGUUUACCUUUCUUAAAGAUAAUCCUCAAAUUGGGCAAGCCAAGGUUGGGGAGUUAGAGAAGUCAUACCUUUGGGAUCCAUUUCUCCCUGUACACUUGGAUGAUACACUAUUUCAUGUUCUGCUUCUUUUCUCCAACCACCAUCGGCUGCAAGUUGUGCCUGUAAUAGAGAGAUCCACCUUUCAGGGUAUUGGUUUUGUAACCCAGAAUGAAGUGAUACAGUUGUUGCUUCAAUCAAGUGGGCUGGAAUGGUUUGAUAGCAUUGCAGACAAGGCUUUAUCUGAGUUUCGUUUUGAAAGCGAAGAGCGCGUUUAUCUUGUAAAUGGAGAUCAAAGCUUGGCAGAAGCUCUUCAUAUUUUGUGGGAAAGCCAAAUUGGUGUAGUUGCCGUUGUGAAUCGUGAGAAUAAGAAGGUUAUUGGUUGCAUAAGGAACAGUGACGUUUAUCUUUUAUUAGAGAAUGAUGAACUACUUAGCCGCAGAAAGAGGCUAACCGUGGAGGAGUUCAUUCACACAGACACUUCCACAAAAAAUUCUGAUGGCACCAUUGAAGGGGACCUGGGGGCACUUUUUGUGGCCGGAGCUCUUCAAUUGAGAAACAGCUUCCUUCCCAAAAUGGACACCCCGGUAACCACCAAAAGGAGCAAUACUCUCAAGCAAGCCAUGGAAAACUUGGCAGAGACAAAAGGCGGUUUUUACUUUCUAGUAAAUGAUUCACAGCAGAUUACUGGUUUUCUGACAUUGAGAGAUAUCAUCAUUCAAUUUGCUCCACCAUGUAUAGAUUCAAGCAUUCAUGGAGGUGGUUUCUUUGAAUCUGUUCUAGAACAGACAGGGUGCCAGGUCAAAAAUGGAACUGUCUAUUGUGAUCAUUGA